AUGUGUGACCCUCUUUUAGAGAGAAAGUGGAGAUGGAGACUCUAUUUCCUUCAAGUCAUCUGGUUAUUCCUGGCAGCAGAAACUUCUCCAACAGUGUCCGGAUAUUUCCUGGGAGACAUUAAAGCAGUAUUAAAUGGCUGUGAAGACCAUUGGACCCUUCAGGGUCGGACCUCAAUUCCACAGCUUUCCCAGAUGACCGUAUGUGUUAAUAUUCAAGUGGUUGUCCCUGGACACUGGGUGGCCUUCUCCUACAGCUCAGUCCGGACACCCAAUCCUAAUUUAGGUCUGGAGGGAGAUGACAAAGCGCUUUAUGUGUGGCUACUGCAAGUCCGGCACCAGUUUCCUUUCAAGAUUUCUCCAAUGCAAUGGCACAGGGUGUGUCUAAGGAGGGACGUACAGAGAAAUACCUUCAGCCUUGAGGUUGAUUACAAAAUAGUAGCGGAGAGGACGGUCAUUGCUCAGGCCAUCCCCCCAUCUGGUUCCCUGUGGCUGGGCUGCCAUCAGAGACGGCGGACGCCAGAAGUCACAAUGGGAAAAGUUGAGCUCUACCUUUUCCGUAUGUGGGCAGACCUGGGUGAACACAGGUCAUGUGAAGAUGGCACUGUAAUUGGCUGGAAUGCAAACCACUGGGAAGUGACCAGUCCCAAAGCGAAAGAAACGGACCCUUCUCUUUCAUGUGAGCACAAGCGAUUAAGACGAGGGGCUAAUUCUGAGGACUCAGCACUCAAAGGUGGACUUGGAAAUGUAACCGGAUCUUCUCCAGGAACUCCCCAAGUUAUUUGUGAUAUCAGUCAAUUAUGUUCCAACACCAGUGCUUACUACUGGAUGUCCAUAAGUGUGGAAAAUGAAACAGAAUUUGCCCUUAACUUGGUGUCAAAAGUAUUUUCUUGCAACAGGACCAGCGGUGAGACAUUGACGAGCAAUUCAAACUGUAUUAAUUUAUUCAAUGAUUUUCCGGAACUUGAGUUGUUGCAGGUUGAGGAAGUUUCAUGCAGGGAAAACACUACAUCCAAUGAAAGACAAACCGUAUGCAGUGUGGUUCUGUUCCUCAAACAUGCAAUUUCAGCAUGUGAUCUGCAACAGUAUGGAGAAAAGGCCCUGAAAAGUGAAUCCGUACAAGCACUCAUCACAGGGAAUGUUGAGAGAGUUGGCCGGAAGCUCUGCAAGGAUGGGUUGCCCCCUAGUGAUGGUUUUGUGAAAUGCAUGUCCAAUUCUUCCCUGGAUGAAAUCUGUCAGUCAGAGGAAAGAACCAAAGUCAAAUGCUCUGUCUUGCAGACAAACUCUGUGCCAUCUCCACAAGAGACGACAAACUCCUGCAAUCGGAGCACGCCUCGUUACUGUGACUGUUCUGCUUCUUGUAACACAACAAGCCAGCUUUAUGCUAUAAAAAUUAAAAUCAACAAUAGCACGGUGACAAUUGAUCAUCUUAAACACUUGUUAAAAUCCUAUGCUUCCACUCGGAACUCAGGAGAACAAGACUUCAAUAACUAUUCAGACAUCUUUGAAAAGCACAAGCGGACACAUCUGGAAUGUCAUGGAGUGAAGAAUGAGAGGCUCUACAGCUGCAUGGUGGUAUUGGAAAUGUCCCAACCUGUUAAUUACUGCUCUCUCAGAAAACUUUGGCAGCUCAUCAUUAAAGAGAAAAAGUUCAUCACGUCUGAUGGCUCACCCUCUCGAAUGAUGGUGUGUGGUGGGGAUCCUGAUUUGUCUAACCUUACUGUGGUGGCAUUAAACCUGACAUGGAGUGAAGUUGAUCUGGACUCUUCUCAUUUUUGUCAACCUGACCCUUUUCGCCUAGAAUGUAAAGCUAAUGAGACGCUUGCUGUUCUCUUGGCGGACAGUUGCCCUGAAGAACCUGAAACACUGAGCACUUUUCAACCCACUACUCCGAAUGCUAUCCUCACUGGCAUUUCAACUCUGAACCAUACAAGUCAAAACACUGAGCGAAAACAGACUACAAGUUCAAAACCAUCAGACAGAUCAACCCUAUACAAUUUUACAACUGCUUCCAAUACUUUGACUUUAAUGACAGCCACAGUCAACUUAACUGGCAAAACGGUGUCAACAACAGAGAGUUUCUCUACUUCCACUGACACAGAAGAUUUUAAUGAAUCUAGCCUUAGACCAUCCAAUAAUAUGACAACAGAGACUAUAGCCAUUCUCUCUUCAUCCAAUAAAACUGAAAACCAUAAGAAAACUACAGUGAAGCUACCCACCAUUUACACAACAUUGAAUUCAACUAGUGUCCUUACAUCAGGUGAAACUACAAGGUAUGACACCACCACCGUUAGACCCUCCUCCAGCAGCUUAGUUGUGUCUGGUGUAACUAAAGCUGCAUCCGGGGAAACUUCUAGCAACAAUGUAACUGCAGAUGUAUACUUGUCUAAAGACACAACUCUGUAUAAUGUAACUACACGGAAUAUAUUUGCAGUCGGAGAAACAACACAGGAAAAUGUAAAUAAUGCAAUUAACCAGAGUACCAAAAACAAAAAUUCUCCAAGUCUCCAAGUGACAUCAUCGGGCAAUAAUUACAUAGAACAGCAGAAUGGAACUAAAGAAGCAAACACUCCAACAUUACCAACUAUUGUUAGAAAUCACACCAGCCCAUCUGCAACACCCAACAACAACACAAUAUUUUACAACCAUAAAAAUCUCAGAAACAAUUACACAACAGCUGACAAGGCAUCAACACACAGUUACAGACUUACAUCUCUCUACACAAACAUGAAACCAAUUAACAAUUAUACAUCAGUGUAUGAAGCUACAAUACCAUCUGAAAACCUCACAGCAAAUUACAAUGCUACAAACAAUGGCACAACAUUAUAUAAUGACACAACACCAAGUAAAAAGGAAACAGGCAUGAGCCCUACUACAACACCCACCAACAACAACAAUAGCCUGAACAAUAAGACAACAGUCUACUCUGCUACAACACCAAACAACGAUAAAACACUAGUUAGCCCUACCACAACAACCAUCAACAACAACCUGACAACAGUCUACACUGCUAUAACACCAAACAAUAAUGAAAUACUAGUUAGCCCUACCACAGCAAGGGUCAACAACAAGGGCAACCAGACAACAAUGUACACUGCUACAACACCAAACAAUGAUAAAACACUAGUCAGCCCUACCACAACAACCAUCAACAACAACCUGACAACAGUCUACACUGCUAUAACACCAAACAAUAAUGAAAUACUAGUUAGCCCUACCACAGCAAGGGUCAACAAGGGCAACCAGACAACAAUGUACAAUGUUACAACACCAAACAAUAAUGAAACACUAGUUAGCGCUACCACAACAAUGGUCAAAAACAGUGAUAACCAGACAACAGUCUACAAUGUUAAAACACCAAACAAUAAUGUAACACUAGUUAGCCCUACACCAAUAACCAUCAACAACAAUAAGAACCAGACAACAUUGAACAAUGCUAUAACACCAAACAAUAAUGAAACACUAGUUAGCCCUACCACAAAAAUGGUCAAUAACAAUUACAACCAGACAACAGUGUACAAUAAAUAA